AUGCUCCGCGACGAGCUCCUUCGCUCCAAGAACGACGAGAUAGCGCGAUGUUUGCAGUCACGAAAGCGAAAACUGAGUGAGCUCUAUUUUGCGACCGUCGGAUGCUUAGGCGCGAUUGACGGGGCUAUCACGGAUACCCUCUACGAGCAAAAGAAGCAAGCGUUCCUCGACGCCAACGAUCUCUCCAAGGGUCGAUUUUACAAUGAAGCUACACUCCCUCCUUUCCCAAACUAUGCCGACAUUGUCACAAGAGUACAAGCGCAUGCUCCACCUGGAGCCGGCGAGGUUGCUACUUUAGAUGUGUCUAGUGAGGAACAAGAGCGGAUACCAGAAUCCUCCAUUCCGGGUGUUGUCAAGGAAAAAGGACAUGUGCAAGAUAAAUCGAUCGAGGUACAAAAACCGGAUGCGCGCGCAGAGAUCGAGCAGCCUAUUGUUGAGUCAACAACCUCGAAGCCGCUCAUCACUCAAAGAAGCAAUAUUCCUGCGCCCUCGACAUCAUCCAUUAGCACGAAACCACAUUUUUCGACACCUGGAACUCCAGUAAGCACGCACGAAAAUGCUGUGUCAAGCACCUUCACCUCCCCAUCUCAUACUCGGCCGAGCCCCAAGGACAAAGCUAUCGAGCCUUCUUCAGAAACAGUCAUUUCAGCACCGCCACAACACACAGAAGCAAGUCUUCAGAGCAAACAAGGUCGCAGAUUAUCUUUGGCAGUAGGCACCACUGCUCACUUAGACCAACCACUUUCUCCUGCUUCUUCUAUUGAGCCGUACUCCACCAAUACCCCCGCACCUCCCGCCGCAUCUCCGGAUACGAGUCCGGAUGAGUCUGGAGAGAUUGAGGAUCAUGCAACCCUAUCAGCCAAGCCGGUUGUUAAUGCGCAUGCAACGCCGUCCGACAAAGCUCUAGAUGUGACGACAUCUUUGACCCCUGAUGAACAGCUACGGUUUGAAGAAGCACAGUCACUGAGGCGAAACGCACAGUUAUUAGCUGCGAGUAAAGCGAUUGGGGAUCAUGGGGAGCCGGGCCCCAACCCCGUCUCAAAUCAGAUUGUCAAAGAAGAUGUCACGCCUUCUCAAUUGGUUCCACCCCCUACCGAUCAGCCCAAAACACAAGAUGCUCAACCUUCUAGGACCGGACAGGAGGAGAAGCUUUCACCAACAUCUUCCGCUGUUCCAGAGAGUCAAGCAGCUCGCGGAAUGCCUUCAGGACCAGCUCCUACAGAACUAAAGAUGGAACAAGAGACUGCAGCCGCUACUAAGCGAUUAUCCUCUACCUCCACAACAAACGUCGUUGUCCAACCAAUUCCGGAGAGAAUGACAACUCGAGUAUCGUCUGGUGCCAUUCGACACAAGUCCGUUUCCGAAAUUCUGGGAGAAAUUCCGAAAUCUGGGCAACUGGAAAGGCAGCUAUCUGGUGCCGCCCGCGAUUCCUCCGCUCCCAGAUCCCCCAUAUCUCAAGGAAGCCCUGCCUCUGUAGCAAGAGUCAAACAGAAGAAAGACCAAGAGAAGGAACGAACAAAACUUUCUACUGUAGUCUUUCCGAAGAAACAAAUCGAGAAGAAUGAUUCUCUUGUUUUGAUCCGCCAGCAGGCCGGUGAUUUGAUAGCUGGACUGAAUGAGCAGCAAGAUUAUUUGUUUACGUUAUUCCAGAAUAAGGCCUAUUCACCGCCUCGUACUUCGAACAUCUCAACGCUCCUAGCCACGGCCCACAAGACACUGAGUACAGCUAACCAUCUUCUUGAAUACCAAGAGCAGAUGGAUUGUCGCACCCUUCGUCGAAUAUACGCUCUACAGAACUCUAAUCGAUGGCCACUACGUCAAAUGCAGCGCUCUGCGGAGCCUUUGCGACAGGGCACUCAUUGGGAUGUCUUGCUCGACCAUAUGAAAUGGAUGCGCACAGAUUUCAGGGAAGAGCGCAAGUGGAAGAUUGCAGCUGCGAAGAGUUGUGCCGAAUGGUGUGCUGAAUAUGUGCAGAGUGAACCAGAGCACAGAGCUCAGCUCCGAGUGCGCACGAAGACUCCGUCACCAAAAUCGGUUGGGCGUUCCGAUGCAACCAACACGAAUAGUGAUCCUAUGAUGGUUGAUAAUCCUGUGGACAUUUCUUGUCCUGUUUCUCAGCCUACUCCUGAUCUCAUUCAUUCUACAGAGGAAGAAUCUUCUAGUGAGGGCUUCCUUGAUGAACCACGGCCCGAUUUUAGAGAUACCGUUGCACCAGCAGCUAUAUUUUCCCUUGGGUCUGAAGAGUUCAACUUCUCCAUCGACUUCACUCCUGUAUCAGAGAAAUUACUAGGUGAACUACCAAUUUAUGCUCCUAUUGGCAUCUCGCCAGAUAAUCAACUACCAAUCUUCAGGUUUCAGGCUGAUACGGAUUGGAAAACCGAGGUUUUGCCAGUUUCAAAAUUCUCGACUGGUCGAAUCACUUUUCGGGAUGUUGGGCCUGCAAGGAAAAAGUCGAGAUACGACUACGCACUCGAAGAUGAUCACAUGGAGACUCCUACUGUAGAUAUCACCCCGGAGCAAACGGAUGUCGCUCUUUUCCGUCCGGAGAAUAAGCAUAUUCGCGAUCGCAUUCACCCUGGCCAUUCAUUCCGACCUCCCACUGAGUAUCCGAUGCCAUCCGUUGGAUUCUUUGAGUCGAGACAGUCAUCUCAGUGGACGCUGAAUGAGGAUGAUGAACUCCGCCGUCUUGUUAAAGAUUACUCUUACAAUUGGUCUCUCAUAGCAAGUUGUUUAUCAUCUCCGUCUCUGUUCUCUUCUGGUGCCGAGCGUAGGACACCGUGGGAAUGCUUCGAGCGAUGGGUCGGUCUUGAAGGCUUGCCUGCUGAUAUGUCGAAGACUCAAUAUUUCCGAGCAUAUCACCAACGGUUGGAAGCCGCCCAACGUACGAUAAUCGCUCAACAGCAAGCCGCUCAACAGCAGCAGCAACAGCAACAAGCGCAGCAAGGUAUUCCCGGCCCAGCCCAGCCUUUGGUUCGCCGAAGAACAACCCAACCCGUACGUGUUGACCGCCGUCGAGCUUCCCGCCAUCUUGCUCUUCUGGAUGCCAUGCGGAAGUUGGCGAAGAAGAGAGAGACGAUGCUUCAGAAGCAGCAACAAGCUUCUCACCUUGCCUCUUUACGGAAAGUGAAUGAGGCAAAUCAACCGAAGCCUCCGAUCACUAACCCAGCCGAUUUUAGCAAGCUGAAAUAUGAGCGUGAGCAAAAGCUCCAGGAGAGACAGGAACAGUACCGCCAACAGAUGAUUGCACAACAGAGGGCUAAUCUGGCCGCACAACGUGCUGGACAACUGCCGAAUCAACAAGCAGCUACGAUGGCUGGCGUUGUUGCUCGAACACCGAAUGGCGUACAGCCUGCUGGUUCCCAACCCGUACCUGGAGCUGCACAGAAUGCUGUGGUCAAUGGCAUGCCUCCAAAUGCAAACAUAAAUCACGGUAAUGCCAUGCCAAUGCAAAGUUUGCCGAAUGGAAGACCUAUGAGUAGCCCUAUGCCGCCAAAUGCAAUGAGUGUGAAGAUAGUUCCACAGCAAGGCAUGCCUCAGCAAAUGGUAGCUCGGUCGGGAAUACCCAUACAAGGUUCUCCCGAUAAUGCAAGGGUAAUUCGUGAGGCUAGUCGGCUUCAGGAACAACAACGUCUUCUACAAUCUCGACAGCAGCAGAACCAACAGGUGCCGCAGGCUGGCCAACAACAAUUCCAUAACCCACAGCAGUUCGGCCAACAAGGUUCGCCAAAUAUUAGCGUCCAAGGAAUCAAUGGAAAUCCUAAUAAUGCGGCCAUGCUUGCAGCUAUGCAAGCAGCUGGAGGGAUGGGCAGCUCUUCGCCGUACAACAAUGCACAAGGCGUACCCACAGCAUCACCGCGUAUGGGCCAGCCAAAUCAUCUCUCGAGUGGCGUUGUUCCUACAAUAACAAACAUUCAAAACCAAAUACAAAGGUCUCAUCCUAAUUUGUCCCCCGAGCAGGUCGCCAAGCUCGCAACCGAGAGGCUUCAUGUAUACCAGCAACAGCAACAGCGCAUGACGCAAGCUGCAAUGAAUGCUGCCGUGGGAAACGUGGGCUCCAUUCCAGCUAACUUCCAUAUGACCCCGGAUCCCAAUUUCCAAGGCUCUCCGCAAGCAAAUGGUAACGUUGGGAUGCAAAAUUCUCAAGCCCAGUUUUCGCCGAUGAUGAGAGUGGCCCAACCCAAUCAGCAGAACCGGGUACCAGUUACAAGCUCGCCGUCUAUGAAUGGGAGUGUUCUCCCACAGCAAAGCCGAAGCGCUACGCCUCAGACUCAACGCAGUGGAAGCCUUCAGACACCCAUUCCAGGGGCAAAUCAAAGCCCUCAUCCUCCUGCAGCACAGAUGGCCACCAACUAAGCUGUCUUUCAUCAACGCCCGGGAACAAACCAUGUAUCCUCGCAUGUCGUUCCCCGGUAUCAGUUCCUUUUACUUCCCUAUACGAUUUAUGUCACCUACGAUUCCUCAUGCUUAACACCCGGACUCCUCUUAGCAAAUUCCUCCUGAUUUCUUCCCCCGAACCACGAGUUUAAUCAUUCUUCUUUCAUCCCCUUUUUUAUACCUCCCUUUAUGCGUUUACAAUAACCCUGCCCUUUCUUCACCUGUUACGGACUAGAUGUAUAUUGGUCUCUGUCGACCAAUUGGUUUCUGGCGUUUUAAUGUGUGGGUGGUAUUUCUUGGGUUGGCCUUGGUCCCAGUAUCAUUCUCUUUUUCCCUCCACAAGGGGAAAAGUCCGUUUAUUUUAUCUGUAUGAUUAGUCGUGUUGAAAUAACUUAUAUAGUCUGGCUAUGGCGGGUACUAGAACAUGAUACAAUUGAGUCAGUUGAAAGGAGGCCGCAAUUAU